GCCUGAAGCCAGAGAGUAGGAGAGACCAGCAGCGGUCACAUAGACUGUAUCCACCAAUGGGCCAUAGUCCAAACUAGUCCACAUCAAGCCAUCCGCACCUUCAACCCGCACCAGGUGCCUGCAUCAACGUCCUAUCACCAAGGUUACCAUUUUCCAUCUUUGAGCGGUGUUUCAUCUAAGGUCGGAGAAAAUGGCAGCUAUUCCAUCAGGCGGUUCUCUCAUUGCCACUCAUGACUACUACAGAAGACGACUGGGGUCUAAUUCCAGUAGCAGCUCAUGUGGCAGUGCGGAGUACAUAGGAGAGGUCAUUCCACACCAUCCAGGUCUCCCCAGGCAGGACUCUGGACACUGGUGGACUUCUUUUUUCUUUGCAAAACCUGGCAUGCAGAACGGAUCUGAAUCUCAAAAAAAUGGAUCCUACACAGUGGCCAAUGGUCAGGUGACAUGCAUAGCCAAAGAAAUGGUUUUGAAGAGACAAGUUAGUGAGACCAGCGACAGUGGAAAGUUCGAACCUUCGCCUCUCACUCCUCCUUCCUCCUAGAACUUAUGACAUUAUGACCUCCAACCCUACGACCUUUGCACCCUGGAGUUCACCAGCACCUCAUAGUCCAGUUCCCAAGCUGGAGAUGAGGAUCGUGGUGAAAAUGACGUGGAGUAAAUAGUUAGCUCUUUCUUUAACUUCUGUGUAUAGUGUUUUUAAAAUGACCAAAAUGUGUAAAAAUAGUAUGUAAAAUAUUUUUUCAUAGACAAUACCUCUAAAUAAAACAUAAAGAAACUA